UAUAAUGUUCUUUAAUGUUUAAAAUCUACAAUGUCUAAAAAAGUAAAGCUGUUCAACAGUUUGUCGUGGAUGUGUAUCGAGGGUUUAGGGUGGAGACGACUCAGUCCACCUUAAGGCAGAGCCCCGCCCCAUGAUCGCACUCUGACCGCUGAUUGGCCAAGAUCAGUCUCGUGUCAUCGGUCUAUGGUCGGCGGGUCGCGCGCUGCUCUCAGAUUGUUUCUUCUGUUUGAGUGAAGAUGACGCGUGAACGCGCCGCACCCGCGGGGAAACUCACGCAUCCUGGAAAAGCAAUACUGGCAGGUGGUUUCGCAGGUGGAAUUGAAAUCUGCAUCACUUUUCCUACAGAAUAUGUAAAAACUAAACUACAGUUAGAUGAGAAAGCCAAUCCUCCACGGUACAGAGGCAUCACGGACUGUGUCUCACAGACGGUUCGUCAUCACGGUGUGUUGGGUUUAUAUAGAGGUCUCAGUUCAUUACUGUAUGGAUCAAUCCCAAAAUCUGCCGUCAGGUUUGGUGUGUUUGAGAUAUUGAGUAAUCAGAUGAAAGAUCAGAAUGGUAAACUGGACAGUACUCGUGGUUUAGUCUGUGGUUUAGGUGCCGGUGUCAUGGAGGCGGUUCUAGUCGUGUGUCCAAUGGAAACAAUAAAGGUGAAAUUCAUUCAUGAUCAAACAUCAGCAAAUCCUAAAUAUAGAGGGUUUUUCCAUGGAGUACGAGAGAUCAUCAGAACUCAAGGAAUCAGAGGGACGUAUCAGGGUAUAACAGCAACUGUCCUCAAACAAGGAUCCAAUCAAGCCAUUCGGUUCUUUGUCAUGACGUCACUCAGGAACUGGUACAAAGGCGAUAAUCCCAACAAGUCCAUCAACCCCAUGCUGACCGGUUUGUUUGGUGCGGUUGCUGGAGCAGCAAGUGUGUUUGGGAACACACCUCUGGAUGUUAUCAAGACAAGAAUGCAGGGUUUGGAAGCUCAUAAGUAUAAAAACACUUGGGACUGUGCUGUUAAGAUCAUGAGACAUGAAGGACCCACGGCGUUCUACAAGGGCACGGUUCCACGUCUGGGCAGAGUUUGUCUGGAUGUUGCUAUUGUCUUUAUCAUCUAUGAGGAGGUUGUGAAGGUUUUAAACAAAGUCUGGAAAACUGAGUAAAAUCAGGAUAAUAUCAGUAGAGAUGAUUUGAGACACGUUCAAGUUUGUAUACUUCUGCACACACCUCACAUCUGUGAUAGGACUGAGUCUGCUGUUUACAUUCAGUUUUUAAAUAUCAUUAUACAUAAUAAUAUUUUACAUUUUGCUUACAUUUUUUAAUGACAUUUAAUCACAAUCAACCUCAAAGUGGGCUAAAAGAAUUUACUCAUCACAAUCACAAUUAUUGAAAUAAUAUAUGUGACCCUAAACCACAAAACCAGUCAUAAGGGUCAGUGUUUUUUUUUUUUACUGAGAUCAUUUGAUAGCUGAAUAAAUAAGCUUUCCUUUGAUGUAUGGUUUAUUAGGACAAUAGGAAAAUAUUUCAUUGAGAACUAUUUUAAAAUGCACAAAAUCUAAAUAUUGAGAAAAUCACCUUUAAAAUUGUCCAAAUGAAGUCCUUGGCAACACAUAACACUGAUGAAAAAUAUAUAUAUUUUUAAUAUAUGUUUAGGGUAGGAAAUUUACAAAAUAUAUUUAUAGAACAUGAUCUUUAUUUAAUAUUCAUUAAGUAUUUUUUGGCAUAAAAUAAAUCGAUAAUUUUGACCCAUACAUUGUGUUUUUGGCUAUUGCUACAAAUAUACCCGCGAUACUCAUUGCUGGUUUUGUGGUCACAUAUGAUCUUUUACGUUACUGUAAACAUCCCAAAAAUGCCACAAAUGGAAAAAUUCUGAUGUCAUCUUAAUUACAUUUUCUCGUUUUUGCAUUUUGAUUUUGAGGUCAAAUAUGACCCAUAUUACUUAAACCUAUUCAAGUUUACAAUAACCAUUUAAGUGUGCCAAAUGUAACAGAUGCACUGAAAACAUUCUUAACCAUACACACAAACACACAACACGUGUGCAUUUACGUACACAAACGCAAGAAGAAAAAAUAUACAGUUAGAGUGUUAACAUAUUAAAAUGUAUUUAAUAUUAGAAUGAAUGUUUUUAGACCAACAUAAAUAGAAAUAUCUGUGUAUUGGUGAUGUAUGAAUAUUUAAAGUUAUAUAUAUUGACAUAUUUUACAUAUAGAGAUAAAUUUAACCUAUAGAUCAUUCCAUAAUGAUGAAAUAUAUUAAUUUAGUAUUAAUAUUUUACUGUACUGUAGUAAUGCCAAUAUUCCUUUUUUUAUACAUUUAUUUAUAUAUAUAUUAAUAUUUUUUUUAUUCUGCUACACAUGUGCCUUUAUCCAUUUAACCCAUAAUUAUUUUUUUAGAAACAUGAACUUGCAUUUCUUAUACAUUACUGUUAGAUUGGUCAAUGCACUCAGGUCUCAUGUUUGUUUUAAAGCAUCUUUAUCAUUAUCUCGGACCUGCUGUAUUUGUCCAUGUGCAAUAUCAAGUUUAUUGUCCAUAAUAAAAACAUGAAUGUAGCUGUUAUCUGAAGAUCUAUACAGAAUGAAAUGUACUGUAACACAGUAAAAGUGAUUCUGUGAUAAGACACAGUUUAAUGUUUAAUGUUAUGUGUUUGAAGAAAAUACCAGAGAAAAUAUUUAAACACUUUGUCUAAAUGUCUGUGUAUAAUGAACAAAAUAUCAAAGUCUCACUAACUCAACUAACCACAGGUUUAGAUCUGGUGUCUUUAUUUUGAUGACACCAUAUCUGUUGUUUAAUUUUUUAAGCCUUGCCUUACACAUGCUUUUCUUGUUUCUUUAAAUAAAUGAUGGUUUGAUAUUUUGUUUUAUAGUUUAAAGACAUCUCUACAAAUUCUUUCAGGCUUUUCUAUCUUGCACUGUUAGUGUCAAAUAAUCUCAUGUUAGUGGAUAUUUUGACUGGUGACAGCUAGAUGGCAGAGUCCAACACUGAAAACACUUCAGGAGGAUGUUUUGUGUAUGUAGAUCUGUUUGUGUAAAUCUGGAGUAAAAGUUCCUAAUACUACAUCUGCUAAUAAAAUGAGUUUAUUUUUGAAACUGUUAAA